AUGGAUAACUUCGAGUACAGCAUCCAGCUGACGGACCGCGAGUGGGCCGAGUUCCUGCGGGCCGCGGAGGAGUGCAGCCUGGCGCCGGCCUCGCUGGCCACGGCCGAGGAGCAGAGCCUCAGUGACAUUGAGCAAGGGGACAGCGGCGGCAGGGGCAGCGCGGCCGGGCCGGGCAGCGAGCCCGCGGCGCCUGGCGGUGCCAACCCCGCGACACGUGGUGCCCGCGCCGGUGCCAGCGCCGGUGCCAGCCGCCCGGAGCGCGGGCAGUGCAGCGUGCCGGGCAGCGAGCGCGGAGCGGAGCCGGGCGGGUUCCCGUGUGACAGCGACGGCCACCAGCCCGGCCGCGCAGCUGCCAUGCCCAGCGCCCAGAGGAGGCAGCAGCCCCCGCGGGCAGCCGGGGGCACCGCGCAGGGCACGGCGGGGGCAGCGCCCGGAGCCACGGAGCAGGGCGGGGAUGCGGGAGGGACGCGAGCCCCGCUGCAGCAGCAGCAGCAGCAGGACGCGGCGGGCACGGAGCCCAGGGUGGCAGCAGCGCAGCAGGACGCGGCGGGCACGGAGCCCGGCUCUCCCGGCGGCUCCCCCAGCGUGGUGAGGCCCAAGGUGCCGGCGCAGGCCAGGAAGGGCCGCAAGCAGCGCGGGGCCGAGGGGGAGCGGGAGCCCCCGAGCGCGGCGCCCCCCGGCAAGGCCCCGCCGGGCUCCCCGGCGUCCCCUCGCAAGGGCAGGGCCAAGGACAAGGCGGCCCGGGCGGCGCUGGGGAGGCUGGGCAGCGAGGAGGCCGCGGAGAGCCGGCGGGCCGAGGGCGGCGACGGCGGCCCCAAGGCCCCGGGCAGGACCGAGGGCACCCGGCCCCCCAGGGCAGCGCAGGCCGCGGGCUCGGGCGGACGUGACACUGUCCCUGCGGGCCCUGCGGACGGAGCCGCGGCUCUGCCAGGGGAGGAGAGCCAGGAGAUGCCAGGGGAGCCUCUCCAGCCGCGGAAUGUGGCAGCGUUGGGAGGGAAUGCUGCUGAGGGGGCUGGGGGGCAGCCUGCUGCUGAGACACCUGCGGUUCCUGCUCCUGAGACACCUGCGGUUCCUGCUGCUGAGUUACCUGGGGUUCCUGCUGCUGGGUUACCUGGGGUUCCUGCUGCUGAGACACCUGCGGUUCCUACUGCUGAGAUACCUGGAGUUCCUGCUGCUCCUGAGACCCCUGGAAUUCCUGCUGCUGAACUUCCCAGGAAGCCCUCAGAGAUCCCUGCAGGUCCUGCUGCUGAGACCCCUGGAAUUCCUGCUGCUGAGAUCCCUGCAGUUCCUGCAGCUGAGAUUCCCAGGAAGCCCUCAGAGAUCCCUGUGGUUCCUGCAGCUGGGAUCCCUUGGGAGCCUGCAGCUGCGAUUCCCAGGAGUCCUGCCAUUGAGAUCCCCAGGAUCCCUGCCAUUGAGAUCCCCCGGAGCCCUGCCAUUGACAUGCCCAGGACCCCUGCCAUUGACAUCCCCACGAUCCCUGCCAUUGACAUCCCCCGGAGCCCUGCCAUUGAGAUCCCCCGGAGCCCUGCCAUUGACAUGCCCAGGACCCCUGCCAUUGACAUCCCCACGAUCCCUGCCAUUGACAUCCCCCGGAUCCCCGCGGCCGAGCUGCCCAGGAUCCCUGCCAUCGAGAUCCCGUGUGAUCCCGCAGCCGGGCUGCCCUGGGAAGCUGCAGCUGAGCUCCCCAGGGCCAUUAGCCCCCCGUGCUUUGCCGAGGGGGCCUCUGGCAAGCCCAACUCCCUGGAUGUGACCUGGCCCGAGAUGUACGAGUACCUGUUCUGUGACUCCCAGGAGGAGGAGGAGCUGGGCAGCUCCCUGGAGGGGCGCAAAUCGCCCUUGCAGAGGGAAAUCUCCUGGCCUGAGCUCUACGAGUACUUCUUCACCGAGCCAGAAGGAAGCGGGAAGAAAGGCAGAGCUAAAGACAGGAAAAGAAAGAAGUUCAGAGGCCUGGAGCGCCCUGGGCUGCACCAGGAGGCGCCCAGCCCCGCUCCAGACAAGGACACCGUGGUUAUCUCGGUCCCUGAUGUGCAUGAACGCUUCUUCCCAGAGCCAGCCCCCAACAGGAUGGGCUGGAGAGGGAUUUUCUCCCUGGCCCCGGCCUCGGAGGUGAAGAAAGCCGUGAGGGCUUUGGGCUCCCUGCUGCAGAGGCAGGCCCAGCUGGGAGGAGGCCAGGCCCCGGGCUCCCAGGCCCUGGUGCCCAGAAGAUCCGGAGAGGAGCUCGCCCUGGUCCCGCUGGGAGGAGCCCAGGGGUGGCCAGAAGAUGAGGACAGGGCCCUGGCACUGAGAGGUAAAUCCUGUUGUUCCCUGGGGGGACCUGAGGAGCCCCGGGUGCUGAGCCACAAGGACAUGUGCCUGGUGUUCUGUGCCUUCGCCUCCUGGGCUGUGAAGACAUCUGACCUGCAGGCUCCGGAUGCCUGGAAGACCAUGUUCCUGGCGAGCUUUGGCACCCUCUCGGCCAUCCGCUACUUCCGAAGGACGGUCAGGGAAGGGCACCCCCGGACUUAACCCCGGAGCCGCCGCCCGGGGCCGGGGCCCUGUUCUGGACAGUGGCAGAAGCCUGGAGCCGGCCCCGAGAGCUGCCCCGGCCCCAUCCCCGAGCGGACAGGAGGGCACAGGGAGCGGGAGCCUCCCGGGCACGGGAACUGACGGUAGGAAGGACAGGACAGUGCCCCGAUGGUCCCUCCUCCCCGCUGCAGUCGCCUGGAGGUGGCACAGGGACACACGGAGGUGGCACACGGAUGCUCAGAGGUGGCACAGGGAUGCUCAGAGGUGGCACAGGGAGGCAUGGAGGGGCACAGGGAUGCUCAGAGGUGGCACAGGGAUGCUCGGAGGGGCACAGGGAUGCACGGAGGGGGCACAGGGACACACAGAGGUGGCACACGGAUGCUCAGAGGUGGCACAGGGAUGC